AUGUUUGUAAAACCAAUCAGUCACGGUGGCAGCUGUGACCGAAUAUUGAGCGACACGAAGCGUAAUCGGCAUACAGUGGCUGGCAGCUACAACAAUAACGGCGAAGAAAAACACAAGGGCAUUGCAACUACAGAAAUAGCAGCAGUAACAACAACAUCACUAUCGACAGCUGCAACAACAACAACAACAACAACAUUUACAACAGCUGGACGAAAAUCAUUAGCUACACCAACAACAGCCGAAGUUGUGAAACUAGCAACAUUAGCAACAACAACAACUUGCACUGCGGAAACAACAACAAUAGCACUAGCAGAAAAAUCAAAAAUUGAUCUACCGCAUUCGCCCUCCUCAACGACUAAACUCAUUUUCACCACAAGCGCGUGCACCCGCCCUCAMACAAACACAACGAUCAAUGCAGCAGCAAUCAAAAAAGCAUAUAACAGUAGAAAACGAAGAAGAAGCAGAAGCAGAGGACACAGUCGCCGCCGUAGCUCAUCGAAGAAACAUAGACGUAAUGCGCGUAGUGACAGUGACAGCGUCAGCUUUAGCUAUUUAUCGCACUUACACAUACAACUACUAGUAAUACAAGGAAUUUGCAUUAUAAGACUGAUAUCAUUAAAGAGAUUUCUACAAAUUCCUAAGCAACAAUCAAAUGUAUUUCUUAAGCGUUUACAAAACUGCCGAAGCAACGACAUUGCAGCGGCUGUUGUCGACUGUCGCUUAGCGCGCACCAAGCACAUGUUGAGGCUAAAACCAAAAACAACAACAAAAACAACAUUAGCACCGACAACAACAACGACUGCGUUAACACCAACAACAAGAAAAACGCCGCAAGCGCGAGUGUCUGAAGUGUCACUGACAACAUCCUCGCUGCCGCCACAGUCGACGUCGCAAACUAAGCACGCACCAGCGCUGUCACCACAAGCACAGCCACAACUACAGCUAGUCACCCACACAUUGUCGCAACCACAGACAUAUUCGCGCGCCCAACCGCAACCACAGAAGCAACUCAAGCGCCAGUCGGCCCAGCAGCAACUGCAGCUACGACUAAAACAACAACCACAGCGACUGGAGCUUCAACUGCAGCUACAACAAGAAGCAAAAACGCAGCAACAACCACAGCAGCUCGAGCCACAACGAAAACAUCAAGAACCACAGCAACUGCAGCUACAACAAAAACCACAGCAACAACAACAWCCGAAGGCAGAAAAAAUAGCAAAUAUCACUUGCGGUUUCGCACAGCGCAUCAUCACGCCGCUGUUGUUGCAAUGUUUUUGUCACUUUCAUUUUAUCAUUACGAAUUACUUUCAUGUCUGCCGCUGGCGUUGGCAGUGUCGCUCAUUACCGUUGUUGUUACAUCGCUCACUCACUGUGUUGAUUUUGUUAUCUUCCUUGUGGCAUGGCACUGAGUGUUUUCACGGCAGCGUCAAAUUUAGCGCGAAUACGGUGAAGACGAAAUACGGUCUGUUGCGCGGCAUUGUGGUGCGUUCGAGUCCAAUGGUUGAAGCAUACUUGGGCAUACCAUAUGCCUCGCCGCCGGUCGGUAGCUUAAGAUUCAUGCCACCCAUCACGCCAUCCACUUGGAAGAAUGUCCGGAAUGCAGAUCGCUUCUCGCCCGUAUGCCCGCAAACGGUGCCCAUACCGCCCAAUGGCCCCGAGGCGUUGUUAGAAGUGCCGCGAGCACGGUUGGCGCAAUUGCGACGUCUGCUACCGUUACUCAGCAAUCAAUCGGAAGACUGUUUAUACUUAAAUAUUUAUGUUCCAUAUGAAAAUCGACGUAAAAGACGCUCCACCAGCAGCAACAGUAUGGAGCACACGCACGAUCCUCCAAACCUACUCGCCACCGUACUACUACUACAUGGUGAAUCAUAUGAAUGGAAUUCGGGCAAUCCAUACGAUGGUUCGGAAUUAUCGGCGCAUGGUAAUAUCGUCGUAGUGACGAUUAACUUUCGCCUCGGCAUAUUUGGAUUCCUGAAAACGGGUGGGAAAGAGAGCGCGCAAGGCAAUUUCGGCUUAAUGGACCUCGUAGCUGGUUUGCAUUGGCUAAAGGAAAAUCUGCCCGCUUUCGGCGGUGAUCCACAGCGCAUAACAUUGCUCGGGCAUAGCACGGGCGCAGCGUUAGCCAACAUAUUGAUGGUUUCACCUGUGGCAAGCGAUCUGGUACAGCGCGCAGUGUUGGUUAGCGGCUCUGCGCUCUCACCGUGGGCCAUACAAAAGAAUCCAUUGUUUGUGAAGCGUCGUGUUGCCGAACAGACUGGUUGUCAUGGCGAUAUGUUGUACGAUGAUUUGGCACCUUGUCUGCGCACCAAAACUGUUGCUGAGCUCUUAGCCGUGAAAAUCGAUCAUCCGCGAUUUUUGAGCGGAUUUGCGCCUUUCAUCGAUGGCACAGUCAUAUCGCCGAAUACCGAUCCAAUUGGAGAAUUAUCGUUGCCUUUAGGUUCUGCUAUUGUUAGUACAUCAGGAAUUGAAUUUGCAAACUUUCCGAAACGCGACCUCAUUUUUUGCCUUACCUCAGUGGAAUCGUAUCUGGAUUUGAGUGCACAAGAUUUGGAAUUUGGUUUUAACGAAACACGACGUGAUCGUAUACUAAGAACAUUUGUUCGUAAUAAUUUUCAUUAUCAUUUAAACGAAAUAUUUGCUGUGUUAAAGAAUGAAUACACCGAUUGGGAGAAGGCCAUACGCAGUCCCCUUAGCUCACGUGAUGCUACUCUCUCCUUUUUGAGUGAUGGGCAUACCGCGGCAGCGCUGAUUAAACUAGGCUAUAUGCAUAGCUUACGUGGUGGUCGCAGUUAUUUUAUACAUUUUAAGCAUAGAACAGUCGAAGAGGAGUAUCCACAGCGAACCGGCUCCGUUCGUGGUGAAGAUGUGCCUUUUUGGUUAGGGUUACCCAUUUCACCACUAUUCCCGCACAACUAUACAACUCAGGAGAAACAGAUUAGUCGCCUUAUGCUGCGCUAUCUCGCGAAUUUUGCGAAAACGGGCAAUCCAAAUCAUUCAGGUUUAGACACACCAUCCAUAGCUGCAUCAGCAUCCCGUUCACCAGGUUAUAUCACUGCACAACUCGACCAUGGCAAAGUGAAACGCGCCUCACUCAAAACACUAAAUGCCGUCAACAAGUUCUUCAACCUCACCAUACCACAUCAACUCAGCCUGCAACAUGCCAGUUUGCUGGACACGAGCGGUGCCAUAAAUCUCGCGCUCAUCUACAAUCAGCGACGUAGCGGUGCAAUGCGUGAACGACGCGCUUACUACAAACGACAUAUGCACAACAGCAACAACAAUAAUAAUAAUAAUAACAACGAAUCGAAUGAAUUACUCAACGCGGCAUUAAGAUUUGUUGCCGACGAGCCGAGCCUUGGACGUGGUGAACAUUUACCCUUCUGGGAUGCCUACGAUGUGGUGAAUCAACUCUACUUGGAAUUGGGUAAUAAGGCAGAGGUGCAGAGUCAUUAUCGCGGUCACAAAUUGUCCAUGUGGUUGAAUUUGAUACCACAAUUGCACAAGCAUUCCAAUAUCAAUGAUCAGUCCAUGCGCCAUCAUCAGUUUCCCGAUGACAUCAGUAAUCGUGAUUUGUACGAAGGUGUCGUACGUCCACAAAUGCAAACGAAACCGCCGGAUGAUGAGGAUACCGUGGUGGUGAAGACGCCAAAAUCGACAACAGCCACAAAGGCUGUGAGUAAUAAUACUAAGACUGGUAUUAAUACUUUGAUUGGCGCUACAACAACAGAAUGCAACCCUGACGGCACGAUAUAUGCGAACAUUGGCGAUAGCGCGUCCACACAACAGCCCGCAGCAACGGAAAAUCGCACAAUGCUGGAGAAUGGUGGUCAACAAAAGGAUCUGGCGACCGCCUCCACCGGACUCAUCGGCAAUUUGGAAAUGUUCCGACGCUUGAGCGGCAAACAAUUUCCCAGCUACACCACAGCGCUGGUGGCCACCGUUGCCGUUGGUUGUUUCUUGCUCACACUAAACAUACUCAUCUUCGCCGGCAUUUAUCAUCAGCGCGAAAAGCGUGCACGUGACGCCAAAACCAAAGAGGAACUACAAGACACGAAUGAGACCAGCAAAACGGCUAGCAUACUCAAAUUGAAUACGCUGGGCGAUGAUGAUGGCAGCAUGCGCUUUGAUGCGCUCACCAGCGGCAAGAGUACGGUCGUUUUCAGCGAAUACAACUACUACGAUGAGAAGCCGCCGAAAGGUUGCGGUAAGGAUGAGAAGCUGCUAGUCGAACUUCCUCCCACACAAACAACCGCACAUAUGGAAUUGAAUUGGCCCGGCGGCGGCGGUGGUUCGAGCAGCACCUUGGACUUGCUGAAGACGAAACAUCACAGCGCUUUAGAGGCGGCCAACUAUAGCGGCUGCAAGGAAGCAGCGGCGGAUAUGCAGCAUCUACAAGGCAUCAGUAAUAUCGAAAUGGCCACAUACAGCGCACAAAUGCCACUGGCACCCGGCAUAGCGGUGCUCGAAACGGCGCUAAUGCCGAGCAGACGUAGCUCGUUCAUGGCUAGUGGCAGUCAGACGUCCAUGCAAUUCGAUUAUGCAGUACAAUCGUCGGAUCAGUUGUCGUUCAAGGAAAUCGAGAAUGCGGUCAAAGUGUCUAACGAUGACAUUGUCAAUGAUUUGGAUGAUGAUAUACCGGAACCGCCACCACCGCCACGUUCAUUUCAAAGCGCACACCUGCAACAACAACAGCAGCAGCAGCAGCAACAGCAAGGUGGCAUUUUGCGUUCGUCGGGCUCAAAUACGGUUUCGUCUACGAGCGGCAAGAAACGUGUACAUAUUCAAGAGAUUUCGGUUUAGUCUUACUCCAAUACGAAUGCUUAUGUAGGUAUGCAUACAAUUACUAAUGAAUACUAUAAAUGAAUAUCGUACAAUGUACUAACUAUUCUAGAAAUAUUUCUCUUUUUAAUUUUUUUUUUACUUUCUUUUGCCGUUAGUUUAGCAAAAUCUAGUUUUAUUGUUGAUAUUUAUUACUUUUUUUUAAACAAUCAAAUUUUUCCGUUAACUUAGCAAACAAAUAGUUCCAGCACAUGUGCAGUUACUUCAACUGUAGCUGAUUUUCACUAAACAUUACUAUAUUCUAUACUUCCGAAAUGUUACCCUGAUUUUCGCGUUCGCUUUUUGGUGGCGCCCAAGAUAUGUCUCUAACUGGCUUCUUAUUUAGCAAAUAAACACCUAACAUAUUCUGCUGUAAAUUAUAUAAUAUUUACGUAUAUAUAUAUAUAUAUUAUAUAUUUAGGAAAAUUUCAGAUACA